AUGAAGCGGUUCAUGGCCAUGUUAAACAGGAAUAAAAACAAGGAUCCCCCACCCACCAGGCUGCUGGAUCUAGCAGGACAGCUUUGCCAGGACCUUCAGAGCUCAUCUGCUAGUCUGGAGAAGCUGGUUGGGACCAUGAUGGGAUGCAAACACAAGAUGUAUUUUCUCACUAACAUCCACGUUGUCCGAGCUUGUGUGUUUGUUCAUAUCCGUAAUGGGCAGCAUGACACAGCCUGCAGACUCCUGGAGUAUUGCAAGGCAGAAGAGAAGGAGGAGCUGGUGCAACUUUGGCACGAGAUUCACUACCGGAGGUUUAUGGAGAAACACCACAUGGAUUUUCUGACACCACUGCAGAAAUUCCGUUGCAGGAAGAGGAAUCCUCCACCUAUUUCGCUUUGUCCUGAAGGUUUGAAAAAUCGAAACUAUUCAGAUGAAGUACGCCAGCAACUGCUCAGGUUUGCUGCAGAGGUGACAACAAAUCCAACCAAGAAACAGCGGGAGAGAUUGGCUCGGGACAUGAACCUGCAGCCAACUCAGGUCUAUAAUUGGUUUGCAAAUUAUCGACGACGCCAAAAAUCCUGCCUCCCUCAUAUGGAAGAGCUCAACAACUUCUGUCCUGAGAGGGCUUUGACUUACCACACAAAGGAGCAGCAGGAUAAAGGAUCGUACACUCCACAAACUGCAGACGAACAGCUGGCCAUGUGGCAGGCCCCUUGCAGCACCAGAGGAGUCUCUGGCUCCGUGUGGACCCCAACUAUAGAAG